AUGGCGGAUGGAGAUAAGAUAUCGAAACUUUCUUCUAUACAACAUUUAACCGCAUCAGCCCAAGCAGGCGCAAUAACCGCAAUUUUUACAAAUCCGUUCUGGGUAGUAAAAACAAGAAUGUGUACGACCAAUCGUACAGAUCCAGGAGCAUACAAAGGAUUAUUUGGAAUUAGUGGAUUGUAUAAAGGAUUGAUACCUGCAUUAUUUGGUGUAUCUCAUGGUGCAUUACAAUUUAUGGCUUAUGAGGAAUUAAAGAGGUGGAGAGCUAGGAUUAAUCCAGAGAAAGAUCGUGAUAGAUUGGAUAACUUGGAAUACCUUUUAAUAGCAGCAACAUCAAAAACGUUUGCAACGGUAAUAACUUAUCCAUAUCAAGUUGUUCGGACAAGAUUACAAAAUCAAAGAUUCGAAAUAAAAUACGAUGGUGUUAUAGAUACGAUAAAAAAAGUAUACAAGGCCGAAAGUAUCCUGGGAUUUUAUAAAGGGUUAGUACCCAAUGUAAUACGUGUAUUGCCUGGAACAUGUACUACUUUCUUGGUGUACGAAAAUGUGAGUGCUUUCUUUAGAGAACAUGCUAGAUAUGAAUAA